AUGUACACAAGUAAAUUAAAGCAAGAAACACUUCACGAAAUGGAGUUGGCAUUAGACACUUUUUACAAUACUUUGGAACCUUUGGAAGAAUAUGUUGGAAAAAUGGAUUUAUUGGAAGGUCGUGGAGACAAUAUUGUUAAUCAAACAAGAGGAUUAAUUAAGGGUCAAGAACUAACUCCGCAGGAAGCUCUUGGGAUGUUUAAUCAACUUAAUCAUCCGUUAAACAAAGGAGUAAAGGGUGAGGGGAAAAUCAGAAGUGGCGAUCCUGACCGAGGCAAGAAAACUCUUGAACAAAUUUGCCAAGAAAUUGCUUCUAGACAUGGUAAUUAUGAUUUAUUUUCAGAGCAAAAGAAAGUGCGAGGCAUUCAAGAAGAAGUUCAAAAGAAAGACGAUGUUCUUAUUCUUAAAACAGUAAGAUUAGGUAGCCGUGAUUAUAAUCGAGCAACGGGCGAAUUAAUAAAUCAACCUGCAGAAAGAAAAAGUGAUAAAAAUGGAUGUCUAGUUUUUGACCCUGACAAGAUGGUUAAAAUAAAAAAUUUAAAUGAAGCAGAGAAAAGAGCAAUUGGUUAUAAAUCAGAAUCAGGAUUACAAGCAAAUUCCUCCUCUAUAACUCUAAAAAACGAUGAUAAAGGUAUUGGUAAGGGUGGAAUUAUCGCCAUUGUUGGUGUGGCUAGUGCCUUACUAAUUGGUAGUGCAGUAGUAGUGAAAAAGCGAUUAAAUAAAAAAGUUAAAAAAGUUUAG